AUGAGCUUUUUUGGUAAAAUUUUUGGUGGUAAAAAGGACGACAAAGGCCCUACAACAGGAGAAGCAAUACAGAAACUUCGUGAAACUGAAGAAAUGCUUAUAAAAAAGCAGGAAUUUUUAGAAAAGAAAAUAGAACAGGAAAUUGCUGUAGCUAGAAAAAAUGCUUCGAAAAAUAGAAGAGCUGCAAUUCAGGCACUUAAACGAAAGAAGCGUUAUGAAAAACAAUUACUUCAAAUCGAUGGUACUCUCAGUACAAUUGAAAUGCAAAGAGAAGCACUGGAAGGAGCAAACACAAACACUGCAGUCUUAACCACAAUGAAACAAGCUGCAGAUGCUCUUAAGGAAGCCCAUAAGCACAUGGAUGUUGAUCAAGUUCAUGACAUGAUGGAUGAUAUAGCAGAGCAACAGGAUGUGGCAAGAGAAAUAUCAGAUGCAAUUAGUAAUCCUGUUGCCUUUGGCCAAGAUAUGGAUGAAGAUGAAUUAGAGAAGGAGUUAGAGGAAUUAGAACAAGAGAAUCUUGAAAAUGAGUUACUGAAGGUUGGACCAUCAGCUGAAGACUUACCGGCAGUUCCCAAGGGUGAAGUUGUUAAGCAGAAACCAAAAAAAGUCGAGGAAGAUGAUGAUAUGAAGGAAUUGGAAGCAUGGGCAUCAUAAUCCCUUAAAUUGUUAGCAGUUAAAAACAAAUGCUUCUACUUCACUGUUUGCACUGAAAGCUACACAGAAAUGUAUUAUAACUCUUGAGUAGUAAAAGUGAUUAAACUAAAACUAUUAGUAAGAAAAUGAUGUCUGCUUG